AUGUGGAAUGGGUGUUUGAGCGUUCGGGGUGGGCGCCAGGCUCUGUCGGUCCCGGACCUCCCAUCCCUUAUCAUUCCGAGGCUUUUCCUUCCUCAUCCCCUCUCCAGCUUCACCCCCCUUCUCUUAAAGUUCACUCAAGUCGCCAAGCUGUAUACGUCGAUCAGGAAGGGCAAGCAGGUCGACAAGUACUGCGGAGAGAGGGGGUAUGGAGCGAGAGUGUCCAUGGCGCGCAGGUCAUUAGUCAAGCUCGUGGGACUGUCUGUUCGAUCAAUUGACAUUCUCCGCCAUCUUCUACCCUUCUACUUUCGAUUUCGCUCGGUCACCGGACUUGUCGGUGAGGAUAACGAUGGUGAAGUCACGUCCCUGGCUCGACACAAGCCCUUCCUGUCCCCCGGAGGAAGGGCUUGUCGCGCUUCUCCGCCCAUCAUCGUCAACAAAGGCCCUGCCGUCGCCCUCUUCCCCAACCUCGAAUGGCUCAUCAUUUCCAAAUCUGUUUACGGCCCCUUUCGUACCAAGGCUUACACCGCCUUACUCGGGAUCCGCGAGCUGAAGGCACCGCGGCUCUGUGUCACCGAAAGCUAUUCCAAUGAUUCUCCUUCCGUCAUAGGCACGGGCUACCACUGUGCUGACCACGCUCAUCAGCUGAAGGAGCUUUCGGUGCAUGAUGCAAAUGGGCAGAGUAUAGGCCGUAUGUCGAUGAACCGAUCGAUUCUGAUGAAUGUCGCUUUCCGGAUACCGUGGAUGAAGGACACAAAUCAAGAGGAAGAGAUGGAUGAGAAUGGAGGCGAAGACGUAUAUGAUUCCGAUGCGGAUGAUGAGACUAAGAACGAUGUUUGCUUUGAACGGCGCCUGAAAGACUUGAGGAACUCCGAAACAUUCAAGGAGGGGUCGUGA